ACAUUAAAAAUAUAUAUCUUUUAAUUACUACUAUUUUUUUAUUUCUUUUUACCUUUUAAUUUUAAAAAUAUAAUAUAAUUUGACAAUAUUUUAUUUCUUUUUUUAAAUGAUAUCGAAUUUGAAAUAAUGAAAUCCUAUUAGUUGAUGAACCUAUAGGUUCACUUAUAUUCACCUAUAGGUUCCUCGUAGAAUAUUAUUGUGAUCGCUUUCAUUCAAUUAGUAUAUUCCGUCGUUAUGAUCUGUUUUCUUUGUCUUUUUUUUUUUUUUGACUAACGUUUUCUUUGUCUUCUUGUUCUAAAUUGAGGCAUUUUGCUUAAUAUUCAUAUGAAGCUUUUUUAUUAAGGAUAUAGCCAUCACACAGUAAAGGCCAACAGAUGGGACAAUUACGCCACCAUUUUUCCCUUUCGCUCCCUGGACGCGCGUGAAGCGUUAGAAAACGUGAACAAAGAUAAAGACAUGUGCCAUAUUCCUUUUAUACUAAACCUAUAGCAUAGACUAAGGCUGUCAUAUCUUUAACGUAACACAAACCAAUUAUAAUUUCAAAAACUCAGAUUCCCGCCCAGUGAUUACGUUUCUUUCAUUUAAUGGCAUCCUAUUAAAAACAUACUAUCUAUUGUGUUUUAGCUUAACAUAGAAAUGACAAAUCAGAAGAAUGUCUGAAGAAGACGACAGAAGCGAAGUAAAAGCACAACCUGGAGACUCCGAGGUAUCUUUCUCCGCAUUAAAGCUUCUUUAUGGCAACAUCGCAAUAGAAUAUUCAUACGGACUGAAAGUUGGGAACCAUUUAGUCUAUAUAUGGUCAGGGCCGGCCCCGAGAGUUUUGAGGCCCAAAACCAUUUAGUAAAGACUUCAAAAAUUUGGGGACCUAAAAAUUUUUUUUUCAUAAACUGGGGAUCUAUUUACAUAUAAAAAUUUUAGAGGCCUAAGGCAAAUGUUUCAUUGGGCUUGACCCAGGACCGACCCUAAUAUGGCCACGGUUUAGUCUGCAACAAGUAUUUUUCUAUAUUAUAUUGUAGAACAGAUAUGGAAAAUUGAAAACUAAGAAAGUAUUUUCUUCUCUUUGUUAUACCUAAAGAUCGUGCGUAAGAGGAUGAAGUUAGUGGAUCUAAAAUAAUAUAAAAGUCAUGAGUUGCACAUACUAACUAGAUGGUACGAAAAAAGAAGAAUUAAAAUUUUGUAACAUAGGAGGGCUAACAUAAACGUGUUCUGAGGAACGACAUAUAUUGCAGAGUGUACCAUAACCAAACAUUUAUAAGACUAAUGGGAACCUUUUCCGUCAUAUGUGUACAGAUGGUUGAACAGGACACAGUGAUGAUAAUGACUGGCACUUGGGUUAGGGAGGGUGAAGGUCCCUGGCUGUUCGAUACGCAAACCGAAGAGGGAACAAAAUUCAUAACCGUUAAAUCAGGCCUCGGGUAUGAAGAACUUGUUCACCUCGUCAAGGAUUGCCUAGCCAUUGACUCAGCCAACGUCACACUUAAACUCUCCUAUCAAUAUCCAACAUGGAUGCUUAUUGACGAUGGGGAUGGAUCAACACCACAGUUCAUUUCAGACGACCAUGAGCUGGAGGUCUUUGUUCAGAAGAGGCGAAAAAUUGAAGAGGUGAACCUCUUUGUAACCAUCUCCCAGUGUAUCGAUGGGGUUACUACUGCACAAGGCAAACCACAUUUUUCAAAUGUGACCGAUCAAACCUUACUGGAUAAAGAUGAUGGUGAUACCGAAACUACAGACGCGACAACUGAGGAGGAGUGGCUAGAGUUUGCGCUUUCGGAGACCCCCUUGACAUGUCCCCCACAAAAGAAUACAGCCGGAGGAAGCUUUCGGGUGACAGAGCAGGAUACCAUACCAUACAGGCGCAAUGGUAUAGAAAUCCAAGAGAACCAACCUAUCAUUCGGCUUCGAAGUCCAGAAAAUAGCUCUGAAACUCGUGGAAAGGGAAAGGAAUUGGCACUAGAGGUAGCGCCGGCAUAUGAGCCAUAUGACUUUGGUGUCCGUAACAGCUUAAGAAGGAUAGAACAUACCACAGGAGAAGGGGAACCUAAUAGACCAGUGAAACGUCGAUUGUUUCCAACAAGCAGAACGGCUUCGGAAGCGGAAAUGGAAUUGGUGCCAACACAAGGACCAGAUGAAACCUUCCACCAACCGGAACCCGCAACACAAGCAGUUGGAGGUGAAGGUUCGAGUGGAUUAACCCACUGGACAAGGUUCCAAGAUGCACUCCAUCAGAUUCUAGAUGACGAAACGUCCCAGAAUGUUCUAUUUGGACGCGAUGCACCUCCGGUUAUAGAGAGCGUAGAGAAUGAUGGUGCUUAAUCGCAUAAACUAUACUACUAUAUAUUAUAGUAUAGUCAUAGUUACAUUACAUAAUUAACAUGCCGCACAACUGGCUGUAUUGCAGGACUAGAGUCCGCCUUGGAGGCUGUUUCAUAUCAAGGAGACAAUCUGUUUGUGGGGCAGGUGUUCAAGUCUAAAAGCGAUUGCAAGAUAAAAAUUGCAAUUCAUGCAAUAAAUUGAAAGUUUCAUUUCAAGACUAAGAGGUUAACACCAAACUUCAUGGUUCUAGUUUGUGUUGCAACGAACUGUCCAUGGAGAGUCUAGGCGGCACUGGUUGAUGGGACAUGCAAUUUCCAGAUACGCCAAGCGACGCUUACUCACUGUUGUACCCUUGAUGCACGAAGGAACUACCACAAAUUGGCAACCACCCAAGUGAUAGGGGAGCUAAUACAAUCGCUUCAUUGCUAUCAAGCGCGGACCCAUGCCGUCAACAAUUCAAAAGAUCCUACUCGACGACUUCCAUGUCAAUGUCUCUUAUUGGAAAUCUUGGAGGGGCCGAGAAGUCAGAAUGGAAUUGGCGUUAGGGUCAAUGGCUGGAAGUUACGCACUAAUGCCUGCCUAUUCAGGCCUCCUUCAAACAACUAAUCCUGGAUCAAUCUGCUGUCUACACAAGGAAGAAAAUAGUGAUGGGAGCAUGAUGUCUAAGUAUGCUUUCAUUGCAUUUGGGGCAUCGAUCAAAGGUUACCGGUACAUGCGGAAAGUUGUAGUCAUAGAUGGGACCAGGUUGAAAGGAAGGUAUGGAGGAUGCUUGCUCUCCGCGUGUUGCCAAGAUGGCAAUUUCCAAAUAUUUCCGCUAGCCUUCGGUAUAGUUGACAGUGAGAACGAAGACGCUUGGGAGUGGUUCCUAUCUCAGCUGAAAACAUUUGUCGAGGAUGCUCAUCAUCUUGUCUUUGUCUCCGACAGACAUGGAAGCAUUUACAAUCCCAUUGGAAAGGUUUAUCCACAUGCUCAGCACGCCGCAUGCACUAUCCACCUAUGGAGGAACAUAAAGUCCAGAUUCAAAUCCAAACGGCUGGCUUCAUUAAUGGGUGCAGCAUCACGAGCGUACAUUGUUUCAGAGUUCAAUAAGAAGUUCCUGGAUAUACAACGUGUAAGCCCUGGAUGUGCAGGCUAUUUAGUUG